AUGACUCAAACCCCAAGAAUCACUCAAAAAUUCUCGGUAAACGUGCCGAUUUCAUCCGAGGAGCUAAUCAGAAAGAAAAUAUUGAUUAAAAAUCCGUAUGGCAUUCCACGAUCGUUUCUGAUUUCAACGUCGAGACCCGACGUUGUCAAAAUUAGCGAGCCGCUUGUCAAUAUACCGGCAAUGGGCUCGAGAAGCUACGACGUCUUUUUUGGUGUAAUCACGCACAAACCUAUGAGUUUGGAGGCACUUCUCUUCAUUUCCAAUGCUGAAAACAACCAACAAGAGGAGGCUUAUAUGCUCCAAAUAAAAUUCGUCUAG